AGGCAUUAUGAGUGUUUUUCUCCCCCGGAGUGAUAAGCAUCUAGAUGUGCUACCAGAUUUAUGAACCAGCACCUCCAACAACAUUUAUCAAUAUAAGUACACGGACAUCAAAAUCUAUCAACAUGAUGACUCAAGAACAUGUGAUGCUUUCUUUGUUGUUUCGCGAGCAAGUGCUAGUGCGGUUCUUGAGGAGCGUUUUUCGCUGAGCACAGGUGAACACGACAGCAGGAUUUGAACUAUGACGCCGCGCGGCAGUCUGCACUGAUAACUGUGCGAGAUUCAUUGUAUUGUAUUGUACCUUUCGCGGCCUUGGAUGUGCAUGUGACAGCACACACUUCUCACGCACCAGGAUUUGAGCUACUACACUGUACAUCAUACCAGACAGACGAGGACACCUUCAAGAAGAGGACACCUUUGUACAUACCAGACGAGGGCACCUUCAAGAAGAGGACACCUUCAAGAAGAGGAUGUCUUCUUCCUCCUCUUCCAGAGCUCGCAUUGCUAUUGGAGCUCACGACACGGAAGAGAAUGACAGGAAGUUCGGUCGCUGGUGGAAGGAUUACAGGGACAAGAGGAGGCCUGUUCUCUACAGCACGAUAGGCGAACUUUGUCGUUUAUGGUGCACCUCCACAUAAAUGGUGGAGUGAUUAUUUGGAACUCUUUGUUCCACUUAGACUUAGUUCUUUAUUAGUGAUUAUUUGUUCGAGUUCCACUUAGACUUAGUUCUUUCUUAGUCUAGGUCUUUCACGAUGCGUAAUCACGAGGCGCGUUGUAGAUCGAAGUAAGUAGAGUAAUCUUCUUUUACACCCCUGGAGUGGGUACAUUCAUUCACUCAUUCAUUCAUUUCAUGACUUCAUGUAUAGUUUUUUUUUCCAUAGGACUACAUGCUGCCUCCCAUUCAACUACUUAUAGAUAACCUUAUUUAAAAAGUUUACAUACCGGGGGAGCAAGAAGACCGUGUCACAACGGCCAAACCCUAAGACUAGUAUAGCAUCGAGUUGGAGGAGAACUUCAGUGUUAAAUCGAAGUAUCAUCUGCAUAGCGGUAAGUGAACAAGAACACUAUUGAUUUCUCUUUUUCAUACCCCAAGCCUGGCAUCCACAAGAGCCUUCUCUACAUUUGGCAGGCACGGACGCGAGCUUGGUGUGACAGACUCAAAGACCAACAUAGGAAGCGGUGGCCCCAACAUUUUGGACUUUGUAUAGCUUUUUUCGCAGAGUUCUGUUUUGCCAGACCAUGGUACAGAAAAAACCUGUUCGAAUUGUGUGCGAUGCUUCCUGGGUAUGGAGUAGGCUGUCGCUUCUGGAAAAAGUCACAUAACCGAGGGUUUGGAGGAAGUAUCCACGCUAGUAGUGCUACAACGAAGCUACCUUCAGGAGGAGAAGCGUCUUUUGGGUCAACAAUUUAAGGUUUUUACAACAAUGGAGAUUUGAUAUAGUGUUGAAACUAUGUACGUGGUUAUAGCUGGGCAGUUGAUCAUGAUAGUUUACUGAAGACCUGCAAUCAGUCUUAAGGGGUAAAGCUGCAUAACUGGAUGAGACAAAAUGAAGUCGCAACGCUAAGUCCCAUCGUCAGCCGCGGCUCUCUCGAAAUCGAAAAUGAGAUCGCCAUUAGAGGGCCAAACUUUUCUUAUGCAGGACAUUCGCUUCCGAACAAGGCCGUUUCAAGGGAAGGUACUUGGAGCAACCAUGUUCGCGCAGCGGGUGGUGAGGAAUAUUAUGACCUUUCGUUCAACGUUGGCACUUCGAUUAGUAUCUCUCACAAGGGAAGACAGCCCGUUGAGGAAUGUAGUAUUCAAAGGAAAAGCUUUUUUAGGCGAGGCGUCAAUCCCAACACAAUAAAAUACAAGUAGCACCCACACUCUAAAACCAAUCACGCACCAAUGGGGAAAACACAUAUGGGAUGGAGCUACGCCUACCCGAGUGACCAUAGGGAAGAUAUCUGGCUCUACAGACCGAAGUUUCCACCAUUGAAGAAGGAGGAAACUUGAACUUCAUUUAUUUAUGAACGAGUUUUGCUUUCGCCAUCCCAUAGGAAAAACAAGUUUGAGAAUAGAGUCUUUAUCCAUGUUUAUGCCGUGCUUGGUCGGCCUCUUGACUUCAUUCGAAGCCAUAGAGUGGCAAAAGGACACCUGAGGAAGCGUUUUCGCACCUACCGUAAAAUCGGUUUCAGUAUGCCAUGUCUGUUAUGGAUAUAUUUUGUUGGUCUCGUUGUUAGUAAAAUGAGAGCGCACAAGCUAUUA